AUGGCGGAUGAUACCAGUCAGCAAGGAGAGCAUGUGGAGGAGCAGAGGCGGGAAGUCGAACGACGGACCUCGGCGCGUCGAUCGAACAUCAAAAAGGACUACGAGCGCCCAACCGACCCAACCCAACUCCAUCCCUUCGAUCCAGAGUACGAGCGGCCGACCACGAAGCCGAAACAUGGCGUGUGGUCCUUGCUGGACCGCGCACGCGCGCCGGGGAAAUCGCAGGAGGUGUGGUUGACGGAGGAGGAGAUGCCCAAGUACCGGAUGCCGGAAGCGAAGCCGCGGGCGCCUGGAGCGAAGCCCGACGAAAACGAUCCGGUGGAGAAGAACGUAUGGAAUGCCAUGGAGAUGUUGGGCGUGGACAACUUCAUGGUUGCUAUUCGGACCCGCUGUGUUCGGAAUGCCUUCAUGACUGGAUUGGGGAUGGGUUUCGGAAUGACCGCCCUGCGGCUGAUCAUGCGGAAGUCCAAAGGCGCCGCGACCUGGGGUGUCUUAACCUCUGCGGGAACGUCAUCGCUGGUAUUCCCCUAUUGCCUAUACAAAAACCGCCUCGAAAAGAGCCACAUGCAGAGGGCCGUGGACAUCUCCCAGCAGAAGAAAAUCGCCGCGGAGAAAAAACGCGAGGAGGACCGCGCGGCAAGGAGAAAGGCCAAAGAGGAGGAAGACCAACGACGAGAAGAAGCGAAGCGGAAAUCGACGUGGAAGUUUUGGUAG